CUGUUAGUGUAUUAGUGACACAACUUACAAACACAUUGUGCUAUAGUGUAAUCCGAAAAUAAUAGUGUAUUGACCACGUGUUUAUGUGAUUUUUAAUUGGAUUUCUGUGAGUUACUUAUCGACUGGUAUUUUUAAGCUGUGGUUGAAAAAUAUAAUCUUAACAUUCGAAGAGUAUAAUGUGGAUACAACGUCGACCGGUCAUGUAGAAAUGUACAUACUCCGUAAAGUAAGCGUGGACCGGACCUAGUGAUCUAGUGUAGUGUAAUGAGUGUAGUGAUGUUAUCGUGAGAACGGGGCAAUGUUGAGGCCGUUUGGUCCAGUUUCGUGGGCCUGGCUGGUGCUCGCGUUAGGCCACACUACGGCCUACACCGACACCGAGGAUUUCCUCAGCGAUUUGGAUAAACCAGUGCCUACGUCAGAUGUUCAAGGGGUGUUGGGAAAGAAAGCGUCACUACCCUGCGACAUCCAGCCUUUGCAUUCAGAUGACGCGGUUGUCAUGGUUCUCUGGUUCAAGGAGUCGGAUGGAGAGCCGCUGUACAGCUAUGACAUUCGAGGUCGAAAUGUCAACCAACCCAAGCUCUGGUCUUCCGCACUGGUCUUCGGCAACCGAGCAUACUUCAGAGGUGGUGCAACACCGGCUGUUCUCAUGGUGGAUAACGUGAUUGCAGCUGAUGCUGGAGUGUAUAGAUGUAGAGUGGACUUCAGGAAUUCGCCGACCAGAAAUUUGAAAGUUAAUUUUACCGUCAUAAUACCACCAAGUCGUCCUACCAUAUACGAUGCAAAGAGACGAGAUAGAACAAAAUUAAUUGAACCUUAUAAUGAAGGAUCCAACGUACUGCUGAUUUGUGAAGUCGACGGAGGAAUACCAAGGCCGAGGGUGACGUGGUACUUGGAGAACGUCGUCAUAGAUGAUUCGUAUGAAGAAAGAAAAGAAGGAAUCACAGUAAACACGCUGACAUUUCCCAACGUUGGUAGACAACACCUCAACGCAAGACUUGUUUGUCAAGCGUCAAACACAAAUCUAGCGCCACCUGAGACCAAAGUCUUAAUAUUGGACAUAAAUUUGAAACCGAUAACCGUGAACAUAUUGACCAAGGAGAAGCAAGUGUCGGCGGAUAAAAGAUACGAAGUGGAGUGUAAGACUACGGGUUCCCGCCCCGAGGCAACUGUCACUUGGUGGAAGAACAAUAGACAACUCAAACGGAUGGCGAAAAACUUUUCUGAGAAUAACGAGACACUCAGCGUUCUGAGCCUCGUCCCGGGCGUGGAAGAUGAUGGCAAAUAUUUGACAUGCCGUGCUGAGAACAAGCACAUACCAGAUUCAGCCAUAGAAGACAAGUGGAGACUUAACGUACACUAUGUACCAAUAGUAGACCUCAAGAUGGGAUCCAAUCUCAACCCUGACGAAAUAAAGGAAGGGGACGAUGUUUACUUCGAAUGCACGGUCAAAGCUAAUCCGAAAACACACAGGCUUGUUUGGUUUCACGACAAUACUGAGAUCUUCCACAACGAAGCCCUCGGUGUUAUACUGAGUGCUCAAAGCUUGGUACUUCAAAGUGUCACGAGAGCUGCCGCCGGCGACUAUACGUGUAUGGCUGCGAAUAGUGAAGGCAAAGGAACAAGCAAUCCUGUGUCACUAUUAGUCAGAUAUGCUCCGGUUUGUGCCGAACGCAGGGACAACGAACUAUUUGGCGCUUUGAAACACGAGACAGUAUCUCUACAUUGUUCGGUCGACGCCAAUCCCGCGCUCGUUUCUUUUCAUUGGACAUUCAACAAUUCGGGAGAGCAAACAGAAGUACCUCCGAGAUUGUACAGCAGUCACGGACACACGUCUACUCUUAAUUACACGCCAACUACAGACAUGGAGUACGGAACGUUGGCUUGUUACGGAGAGAACGCAGUUGGCCAGCAGAAGGUGCCCUGUCUCUUUCAACUCGUUGCUGCAGGUCGUCCUUUCCACUUGCAAAAUUGUACAGUUGCAAACCAAAGUUUGGAUUCGUUGUACGUGGAAUGCGUUGAAAACUUCGAUGGUGGCCUUCCUCAAACCUUCUUAAUGGAACUGCUGGAACUUCCUUCACUCACGGUCCGUUACAAUGUCUCCACAAAUAGAACACCACCCUACUUCGAAGUGCGCGGCCUCCCGCCGGGCGUCAGUUACAGAAUCGACUUAUACGCCGUCAACGCCAAAGGACGUAGCGACGUGUCCACGAUAGAGACCGUCACGUUGAAGGGACAGGCGAAAUUUACUGGUGAAAGCAGCUCAUUGGGAAUGUCUCCAGUAGUCGCAUCGAUAGCAGCGAUGUCUGCUUUAUUGGCAACAGCUGUCUGUGGUGUUCUCGCUAUUCUUUACAAGCGUCAUGCGAAUCGUCACAGACAUUUACCGGCUAAACAUGCACCCUUGAGUGAAGCCAUGUACGCGGAGCGCAGUGGACAAUGCAGUACUCCUGUUAAGGCAGAAGUUCGUACAGUACCUGAUCCAGACCCAGCCGAUGACGCUGAUCCGGAUAUUAUACCUAAUUUGUAUGAGCGAAGGCCUGUAUCCAAUGGGUACAUGAGCCUACAGCGACCACCGUCCAACAGCAAGAUGCGAGAAGCCAGCGAGGAUGCCCGCUCUGAGCCUGACGGCGGCGGGUACUACGCUGACUUCAGAAAAAAAGACUAUAGGAUACCUUUGACUAGUUCAUAUCAUAGUUUAAAUCGCGUCAACAAGGGCGUGAACGCUUGCAGCCCAAGCUCAACGGGCGUGACGUCAUCGCUGACAGCGCACCGGCUCCGACCGGAAGUCGUCACUACGUCGCAUCGGGUGCAGGAGAGCUGUAUAUAA